AUGAAUCUUCUGCUUCUCCACUGUGUGGUUGCCACUUUCUUCUAUGACUCUACUGUUGCAGAAACCUUCAGCCGUGUGGUUUACAACCACAACUCCAAGUGCAUUGCUUAUAAAGCCCUGCCAGCAUGCUUUGGGCCACCGCUCCCAGUGGAAGGGCUGACAGGUUAUAUGAUCAGGGUGACACCACCAAAAGCUUGCCAUGCAAUAGAACAUCCUCCAGCAACCAGUAAUGCCUCCAAGGCAUACAUUGCACUCAUACAGGGGUCUGGCUGUUCUUUUGUUGAGAAGGUUCUUCAUGCCCAGCAGGCUGGAUACCAAGCUGCUGUUGUGUACAACGUGGAUUCAGAGAAGCUGAUGAACAUGAUGUCCGAUGACAAGGAAACCCAGGAGCAGAUUGAGAUACCAUCCCUCUUCACUGGAGAAGAAGUUUUCCUCCACUUGCAAAGGUCUUUGCAUUAUGAGAAAGGGGCAUGCAUCAGCCUUAUACCAUCCAAACGCUAUUUCGACCCUUGUCAAGAUGCUACUCAAAUUUUAUGGGACACAACUUGGCAGUACUGGCUACUCCUGAUGAAAUACCCCUCCUACUACAUCCUGCACUGCAUUGCUCAGGAGUUUGGAUUCAUGUUCAAUGUCAUCAUUGCCACAAUCCCACUUCUGGUCGGCAUGAGCUGGUACAAGAAGGCCCAUCAGAUAACAGUGCGCACUUACCAGGAGGGAGACAAAUACGAAACCUGUGUGAUCUGCAUGGCAGAGUAUGAGGAAGGAGACCAGCUGAAGAUCCUGCCUUGUUCCCAUGCUUACCACUGUGCCUGCAUUGACACCUGGCUCCGCACCCAGCCUGGAAAGAAGACAUGUCCCUUCUGCAAGCAGCAGGUGAACACCCAUGGGCACUGUGUCCACCUGGAUGUAAGAAACAACCCACCAGAGCACACUGGUGAAGGCUUGAAUGAGGAGGAAGAGGAGGAACAGAGCCAUGAGGACGGUGCAUUCAGAGAAGGACAUGGGGAUGAGUAUGUUGAGGGGGAGAAAGAUGACUAUGCAAGCACAGUAGAAGAGGAAGGGUUUGAUGACCUGGAAAACAGCACCAUUUGA